ACGGACAAGUUGAGGCAGAGGAGAAGGUGUGGCGGGCGGCGGGAGUCAUGAGGAGGAGGCCUCUCGGUACCAUUCAGCUGUCACGGAGGGAAACUUUAUGGAACUUUUCCUCCUGUCUGUCUUCAUUCCGCGAGCCCUCUUAAUGUCUGUGUGCUUACAUUAGUGUUGGAGCAGCAGGGAGGUCCGACUGAGCCGAGUACAGGUCUCAGACAGCGGCAGAAGCACAGUCGCAGGCUGGAUUUCGCUGUCUUUGGAGAGUCUACGUUUCUGAACGUUCAUGUCGCUUAUAAGAUCUGGACAUCUGCCAUGAAGAGAGCUUAACAACCGCUGGACGAAGAGCACUCCCUCCAUAACUUCUCAUACAGCUACCAUGCGUAGAUUCAGCUCUGAGGGAUCCCUCCUGGACUUAGACUUCCUCCCUUGGAAGAGGGUUGCACUGAAAAAGCCAGUUAAUGCAAACAACCGGGAGUCUGGGACCUACACACCUCACACGGAGGAAGAUGAGCUGGACGGGAGAUCGGCCGGUCCCACCAUCCGGGAGCCAAGAGCGAGUCCCAGCGAAGCAAGGCAGAAGGAGCUGACCAAGGAGCACAGCGUCAGCGUAGAGAACCUGAGCGAGCUGGGGAAACUGGACAAAAACCACCUUGGAGUGUGCGCCAUCAGUGAAAGCUGCAGGGCCUACAGUGACAGCCAGCUGGCUCCGGCCGCCCAGGGCAGCUCAGAGAGCGUCGAGAGAGAUGACCUGCCUCCCCCAUCUCCCUCGUCGUUCUCAAACCUUUUCCCCUUCAAAACCCUGGACCGGCACCACCCUAAACCCAAACUGUCAUCUGCUAAACUGCACCUCAAGAGUCUGUUUGGGCAGAGUCCUCAUUCCUCAAACUCCAACCUGUCCAACUCAGAACAAAAAGACAGUGCUACAGAGAGGAGGUCUCGCCUGCUCUUCAUGCGUCAGUGGAGUCAGGUGGGCCACAGUAAAAGGGGGAAAAUCAGUCGAGAAGAGCUGGAGAAAUGGACUGAGUCCCUGAACACCCUGCUGGCCAGCCAAACUGGUGUUUCAGUGUUUGGAGCAUUCCUGCGCUCUGAGUUCAGCGAGGAGAAUCUGCAGUUCUAUCUGGCAUGUGAGCAGUACAGACACUCGUCUAACAACUUCAGCCUGCAGAGGAGGGCCAAAGACAUCUGUGCCACCUACAUCCAACCAGGUGCCCCCCGGGAGGUGAACCUGGACAGUAAGACAAGGGAUCUGACCAUCCAGCUGCUGCAGGCUCCCUCUCGCACCUCUCUGUCCCACGCACAGAAACGCAUCUUCUCACUCCUGGACACAGACUGUUAUCCCCGCUUCCUGCAGUCCAACAUCUACCUCUCCUUACUUGGAGAGGCUGACUAGAAGCCUCAUGUUUAUGAUGACACACCUGGACUCAGGAGGAGGAACAGUGACUCAGUGGUUUCCAGGACUUCCUUAAAUACUGUAGACUAUAAAGCUAAAUAUGACUUCAAAUGAUAGAGCUGCUGUGUAGGGGGGAAAAAAUAACAAUAUCUAUAUAUAUAUAUAUAUAUAUAGAGAGAGAGAGUGUUGAUGUGCAUUGGAAUUUGAAUGCAAGUUAAAUUAAUGGUUUAAUAUUUUGGGAAAUAUGCUUACUUUCUUUCAGAGAGUGAGUAUAGAUUAAACGUACAAUAUAUAAUUUCUGCCACUAGGGGGUCUCUCACAUCAAAACAGACAAAAAAACAAUGUUUGAUGAUGUUGUAAAGUAGUAUGGGAUCAUGUGAGUGGGACCACCAUUGCCGUCAUUGCAGUCAGCUUCUCCCGGUUAGGAUUCCUUCAGUGUUCAUGGUUCAGGAGGUUUCUACCGGGAGCCCAAUGAUCCACAGAUAUCUCCUCUUCUCCAAAACAAACAGACCCACUGAUUAAAACCGCUAAAAACAUACAACAAUAAAGCAGUUCCACCUCAGAAAAUCACUGUUUCUCCCACGCUGUUGGACAGACAAAGGACGUCCCGGAGGGGCUGCGAGCAGAGCAGCUGCUAACAUUAGCUCAGCUUGUUUCUCUGAUAACUUAAGAUCCAGACGUCCGAUGAUUAAAAUCCUUCAUCUGGUUCAAAUCUAGAGUUAAAAAGCACCAAGAUCUAAACAGUGGAUGGUAACAAUGUGGCUUCAAACUGGAUAAAAAGUCAAUGUAUGACAGCUUCUGGCAGACAACCACAACACUGACGCAGGCACAAAGGGGAUAUGACGCCAUAGGCGACCAGUGAAACGCAGCGUUACCUGAAUAAAAUGACAGAUUUCUGAUUUUAAACAUUGUUGAAACCAUUUGGGAUAAUGUAAGUACACAACUCAAAUACAUAUAUAAAUUGCUGUAGAGUUUAUAGACAUUUUAAUGUGGAAAUGUUAUAUCUUUAAAGCUAACGUAGGUAACUUAUAUAAAAAUGACUUCUGUCAUGUUUGCUGAAACUUUCACUAUAUCCCGACAUUAGAGUAUGAGAUAGAUGACACAGGAAAAAAUCAAGUCCCUCUGGCUCCUCCUAGCAGUAUUUGAAAGAAUCCUGCAGGCCUGAAUGAAAACAAUGAGAAUGGGAGUCAACAAUCAACUAUCUCUCUUGUCUCUGAUUGGUUGUUUUCGUUCAGGCCCGGUGGAUUCUUCCAAAUACCAUUAGGAGCAGUAGGAGGAGCCAGAGGAACCGCAUUUUUUUUUCACAGAUUAUCUGUCUCAUGUCUCCUGACAGCAUAUAGUGAAAGUUUCAGCAAAUAUGACAAAAAGUUGUUUUUUUAUAAAAGUUACCUACUGCAGCCUUGAUAUCACGUCUCCAUUUCCCUCCAGUCUUUAUGCUAAGAUAACAAUGUCUUAACUCCAGCUGAAAUGGAUUUUAAUCCCAAUGAAAAAGGAAAUUAGGAAAUUGUCCAAAAUGUUCAACUAUUCCUUUAUUUGGCUUCAAGCUGCAGCAGUUUCCACAGUUGGCCCUGAGUAUUUGGAAGAACAUAAAUGAGGCCGUUUUCAUCACCCGUGAAACUAUGCAGCUCUCGUUUUAAUCAUUACACAUCCUCCCUGUGAGCAGCUAAUGUCCCCAUGGUCCAAUGAGCUCAGUCUGAGUUUCCUCUGCUUACAGAGAGGAAAAACAAGUUCCACCAGAAUGAGCUCUUUGGUAAAAAGGUCAAAGUACUAUGUGGUUCACUUCUAUGGCAAAGGUGGGAAACCUGAGCUUACUCACUCUGACAGGUAAAAUGAAUACAAGACUACAGGGAAGUUCAGUCUGCCUUUAAAUACUUUGCUCUGCUGUUCAAACAAACACAAACUGUGUAUGCACACAAUAGCCUCAGAAGACACUUAAUAAUUUAAGGUUGUUUGUAAUAAUGAUGAGUGAUUAGCAUUUUCCUUCAAUGUCGGUCUUGUAAAAAUUAAACAUCCUCACAUAAUGAGGAUGGAACAGAGAAUAACACUGGUGUUAGUCAGAGUUUUAAAGAGAAAUAAAUAAAAUCCUGUUUUUGUA